AUGCUUCAACGUUUUGUUGUCUUCGACGCUCUCUACGCCAACCCCAAGCACUUCGCUCCGGAUGCCAAGAAGAUGGCGGCACUGUCGACGGGCAUCACGGUCGAGUAUGUCACCCACGAGAACGAGGUCAAAGUCGACGGUGCACCGGAAGAGCGAGUGAUCCUCAUCACGGGCUUCAUGACCAUCAAGGAGGCUUGGACGCCGCUGAUCGACAUGCUGCUGCACAAGUGGAGCGGCGCUGUCGACGGCAAGCGCGACGUGAAGCUCGUGAGCUUCGACAACCGCGGAGUGGGCGGGUCGGACGUGGAGUCUCUGUCGGACGUGCCCUUGUGGCGUUAUACUACCAGUGGAAUGGCACAAGAUGCGUUGGCAUUGAUGGAUUAUCUCAACUGGGAGUCUGCUCACGUGGUGGGAAUCAGUAUGGGCGGCAUGAUCUCGAUGGAGCUAGCAUUGGCAGCUCCAAAGCGAGUGAAGUCACUCACGCUAAUUGUAACAACUCGAGGGAGGUUCGUUGAGGAUCCUCGCUCCAAGGGACCCAUGAAGGAGACCAUGGAUGCUACCGACCCCGAUGCUGUCGCCAAGGCCCAGCUGAAGCUGCUCUACAGUGACGUUUACUUGGACCAGCCGAUGUCUUUCGGGGACCAGACUAGGCGUCAAGUCGUGUUCGAGUAUCUGGAGAAACGAGCCAAGGCACGGGUGAAGCCGGGUUUGCUCGGGACGAUCAACCAAUUUCUGGCUGUCCGUACGCACUGGAUUUCGGAUGAACGCCUUGCGGCCAUCAUCGAUGCUGGCUUCCCGAUUCUCCUGGUCGGAGGCGCUAUGGACAUCCUCAUUCCGCCACGUGAAAUGCAGGCACUGCGUCAGCACCUGAAAGGAGAUCACGUGGAGACGCUUUUCUUUGAGCAAGGCGGGCACGGCAUCAUUCUCCAGUACCCGGAAGAAAUCGCAGACAGUGUCACAGGGAUGUUGCUGCGUUGCUAA